UGGGCUUUCUGCCUGCUUCUGAUGUCUUCCUGGGUCUUCUGGAGACCCAAUGGAGGAGCACCAAGACAGGAAGGAGCUGCCACAGAAAGCUUGGCCUCACCCUCCCAAUCAUCAGACUCUACCAGCAGACAUACUUGCUGGGCGAAGAUUGUGCAGAGCCUCAAGGUAAGGCAACAAAGGAAAUCCGAAAGCAAUGGGAUUGGAGGGUCAAAUAGUGGUGCAGGGGCCGGAGAGUUGCCCAAUAACUGGGCAGGACAGGAGCGAUCAGGGGCAGACAUUAGCAAGAGCCUCAUACGAAAUCGUGAUCCACUCAAAGACAGCAAUCAUUUGCGCAAUCUGAAAGGCUCUGCAGGUUCAUUGCUAAGGCUGCAGGCACUUGCUCAGCCACCUCAGCGCGCUUUAAGCAGCAGUUUGGACAGGGACAAGGAGUCAGCCAUCUCCCUCUGCGAUUUUGACCUGCGCCCGCCAACCCCAAUUGACCUCAGCCGCAGUAUUGAUGAGGCA